AUGAAAAAGUACCAGCUUAUGGGCCGCAGAAAGGUGGCUCAUCCUAAGAACGUGCCAAAGUAUCCGCUUUUACAUCUCCACUCGCUUCCGUAUGAGAUCUUGAUUGCCAUUUUCAGUCUCUUACCGUUGGAGACGCUCAUCCAGCUUUCGCUACUGUGCUUGAAGUUUCACAAUAUCGUGUGCAAGAACUUUAUUUAUCAGGAUGUUUACUUUAAGCUGACAUCCCAUUUCAUUCGUUUUGCCGAUGCUCACUUGUCGCUGAGGGCUUCUUUGGCUAGACGGUUCGGCCUCAACGAACCGAGCUCCAUGAUCAACUAUAUACGGAAGGUCCACUUUGUCAAUCCGCCUACGAACGAUAAGGAGGCUUCCCUGACACUGAUUGCAGGUACUUAUAACUAUGACGCUUGGGUUACCAGCUUUAAGUGCCUUUUGAACGAGGCCUAUGGGCUUAAGGAAGUGUCAAUUACAGAGAUUUCUCCUUUAUUUGAGUUCCCGCCAGAGUUUAUGGCUGAUUCGUUGCUGCUGUUGACGCUGAAGUUUUCAUUUAGGAGGCAUGCUCCAUCAAGAACCUUGGAACGGCUUCUGUUGACAGCUCAAUCGGGUUGGACAAUCCCCUUCAAGAUUGGCCAGAUGCUGAUUUUCGCUCUGGUCUUUGAUCAGAUUAACGAGCUCCAACUUAAUAAGUUUGUGAUUAACGAAACCAAACUUUUGAGCGAUAACUGGGAUAAGAAACUUCGUGUUGACUCCCUCAUUGCCAACGCUUGUAUCUACAGUGACUCCAAAAAGGCUGCCAAGCGUCGUUGCACCAAUAUAUUCGGCCACACUUGUCUGCUCCUGCUACUAGACAUUCACCAUGGCGCAGACUUAUCCCUAAUAGACUUUGUGAAGCUGAACGGGCGUCUUGGACGCCUUGUCAUUGACAUUUCUUCAAAGGUAUUCUUCACCACAGAAAACUCCGUAACGACGUUCAAUUUCACCAAGUUUAACAACUUCUUUAAGCUUGUCUGUUCUGGCCAAGGUGGAUACAGCGACUUGCGGGAGAUCGUACUUGUCAACUUUGACCUUUUCCAUGACUUCUCCCACCAACAUAAAAAUAGACCUCUUGAUGUCAUCCAGGAAGAUAGUGAGCUGGCCUCGCUUGAAGAUGAACCAGAGGUUGACGACUGGGUCGAGCCGUCAAAGAACACUUUUGAGUAUUUCCUACGGUACUUGCUGCAAAUGCCUAACCUUACGAUCGUCAUCAAGGAACGCCCUAAAGUCAUGCACACUUGUGUCAAGUGUGGUUUCACAUUAGAAGAAGAGCAUAAGAAGAUCUCAUCGUUACUACCGCAUGAAUGGGCAAUCAUUUUAGCACCUGUUCUUUGCAAUCCAAACUGCAAUGUCAAUAUCUACGAUCACGCAUGGACAGCCUUAUAUUCCCGUAAGGUACGCAUCUAA